ACGCACUUCCGGUCGGUAGGGGGACGUGUCCCUGGCGCGCGGCGGGAGCAGGCGCCAUGGCGGAGGCGCAGAACGGCAGCGCCGGGCCUCAGGCCGUGCCCGCCGCCAGCGCCCGGCCUCCCGCCACUCCCGAGGGCGUCGCCUUGGCUUACGGCAGCCUCGUCCUCAUGGCGCUGUUGCCCAUCUUCUUCGGGGCUCUGCGCUCCGUCAGCUGCGCCAAGAGCAAGAACUCCUCAGAGAUGCCGGAGACCAUUACCAGCCGAGAUGCUGCUCGCUUUCCCAUUGUUGCCAGUUGUACCCUUCUGGGCCUCUACCUCUUCUUUAAAAUAUUCUCUCAAGAGUACAUCAAUCUUCUGCUUUCUAUGUAUUUCUUUGUGCUGGGGAUCCUCGCCCUGUCCCACACCAUCAGCCCCAUGAUGAACAGAUUCUUCCCUGCAAAUUUCCCCAACAAACAGUACCAGCUCCUCUUCACCCAGGGCUCCGGGGAGAGCAAGGAAGAAAUAGUGAAUUACGAGUUUGACACCAAGGAUCUCGUAUGCCUGGCCCUGAGCAGUGUUGUUGGGGUCUGGUACCUGCUGAGGAAGCACUGGAUUGCCAACAAUCUCUUCGGGCUGGCGUUUUCCCUCAAUGGAGUGGAGCUGCUGCACUUGAACAACGUCAGCACUGGCUGCAUCUUGCUUGGGGGCCUCUUCAUCUACGACGUCUUCUGGGUUUUUGGUACCAACGUGAUGGUGACAGUUGCCAAAUCGUUUGAGGCCCCAAUAAAACUGGUUUUCCCUCAGGACCUGCUGGAGAAGGGCCUGGAGGCUGACAACUUUGCCAUGCUGGGGCUGGGAGACAUUGUCAUUCCAGGGAUCUUCAUCGCCUUGCUGCUGCGCUUUGACAUCAGCUUAAAGAAGAACACGCACACGUAUUUCUACACCAGCUUUGUGGCCUACAUCUUUGGGCUGGGCCUGACCAUAUUCAUCAUGCACAUCUUCAAGCAUGCCCAGCCUGCUCUUCUGUACCUGGUCCCUGCGUGCAUUGGAUUCCCGCUUCUUGUGGCCUUGGCAAAAGGAGAAGUAACCGAAAUGUUCAGCUAUGAGGAGAGCUCUACCCCCAAGGAGGUGCCGAGGGCCUCCAAAGAGGAGACGAUAGAAGCUGACAAGAAAGAGAAGUGACCUUGCCCAUGGACCAACCCUGGCGCCGCUGGGCUGAGGCCCUUCCAGACCCUUCGCAAGUGACAGACGAAACAGUUGUGCCAGAGCAUCGUGUUGUGUGUGUUGGAGCAGCCACCCAGGUGGGGUAUUGAUGUACACCACAUAUCCACCCCUCCUGCUGCCCCCUGGGGCCGUGCAGCCACACUCUCCUUUGCUUUGUCUCCUACGUGAGUGCAAAGCAGGCAGGGGACAAACCACAGGCCGGUUUUUAAAUUUUGUAUUGUGCAUUUGCUUUCUCUCAUAUUAAACCAUCUCAAAGGAAGGAGAGGUAA